AUGGAUAGAACCAGAGAGUCUAGAAGAUCGUCUACCAACGGAUUUCCAAAGCUCAAACAUCGGAAUAUUGCUCUCAGAGAUUCUUCCGAGGAUGGAGCGGUGGUGGAGUUGAGGGAAGUUCCGAGUAAGAGAGGAAGGAAUCGUGAUAAGGAUAGGGAUAGGGAUUCUUCGAAUAUGAGUAAGAGGAGGAGAGGCUCUCACUGUCAAAUAGACGAAGAUGAACACGGCACUGAAGAGAGCAUCGGAAAUGAACAAGAUAGUAAUUAUCGAGACGGUGGUUUAUCCCGGAUCCGUUUCCCGACGGCGUUGGUCUCCGAUCAAAAUCAUCGUCGGAACUCCAUGCCGGAAAAUCCGCAGGUGUUUCAGAGAACCGACGAGAUGAUCGGUGUUGUAGUUCCGAGGAAAGCUCGUUCAGCUUCUGUGAAAAAGUCACACGAAAAGUGGAUCACUGCACGCGGCGGUGGGGAGGAGUAUAGUUUUCGGCGGCAGCCUAAUUCUCCGGGAGGAGCAGAACUCUUGCCGACCACGGCCUUGCCUUCUUUGAAUGUUUCUUCUAAGCAGAAGAUGAAAGCGAUUGGAGAUAUUGCUAAAACAUCGAAGCCGUCUUCAUCUGACAUGGAGAUUGAGAUAGCUGAGCUUCUAUAUGGUUUGAUGACUUCCAAGAACCAUGAGUCUUCAUCGCAAAAGGUUGAAGCAACCAUCAAUCACAACACCUCUAUUGAUGUUGAGAAGAAGAAAUCGGAAGACUGCAGUUCAACUGAAGAGUCGAUCAGGAUUCAGAGGGAUCAACCUGCUGAUGUGGACUGUCAUGAUGAUAAUGCUACUUGUCAUGAGAAUGAAUCAGAGGUUCAAAGAGAGGACAUUGGGGAAGACAAAGUUUAUUUGGGUGCUGGAAUUGGUGGUGCUUCAGCAGAUGGAAAACCUUUAUCCACCACAUGGGGGUCACAAUCAUGUCCAAAGUUAGAUGCUGAUAAACAGGGUUCAGGAUCAACUAGAGUGAUGCCUUCUGCUCUGGAGGAUAAUACUCAAAGAGUAUGCAAGUUUGAGAUAGAUUUGAUGCAGGCUCCUCCUCCUCCUAUGUUGCUGUCCCGAGAAGGGAAUCAUUUGUCACCAAGCAGUUUCACAUCAGAAAUUAAAAAGUUGGCACCGGAUUUGGAAAUGAUGAGCGAAGAUAGUAUCAAGGUUAAAGACAAGGUGGAAAGACUAGUUACAGUAGAGAAAGUACCCGAAGAAAUUGAAGGAGCAGCAAAGAUGGACGUGUUUAAGAAAAAGUUGGAUGUGUUAAAACGUUGUAUGGUGAAGCCAAACAAUGACAAUGAGAUAAAGACAAACAAUAAAUUAGAAGAGCAUGAUAGAAAUAAGGAACAUCUUACUGCAUUGUCAAAUCCCAAAGUGGAAAAAAUUGCUCAUUCUAGUACAGUGCCUCUAUCAGCCGCUGUAUCAGGACCGCCGGGCAGUCUCUCUCCAAUUGUGAAGACAGAUAAAACCACUGGAUCAUCAACAGCACAGCAUGUUAAUUCCGUUUUCUCUCAACCACAACGAAAGAGAUGUGCAACCCAUUAUCACAUUGCUCUUAACAUCUUACACAAGCAGUUCACAAAGACAAACCCCCUUCUGUCAGCAGGCUCUGGUUCAAUUUGUGGCACAAAAACGAACAAUGUCAACUGUCUUCUCUCGGCAGAAAGUAUGGUUGUUAGCAAGCAAUCUCAGAAACACUUGCCAGGUUUAAACCAAAAUUGUGCACGAGAGAAAGGGUUGGCUGUCACAGGUGAUCAUAAUCUCAGAGCUACUAAAAGUUCUAAUAAUGCCAAUCCAGUAGAUUCGACACAUCAGAUGCAGUUUGUGCUACAAGGCCAACACCAACAAGGUCAACACCCCGGAUCAACUGGGAAUCUAGUGCAUGGUCCUGCAUUCAUAUUUUCACCGGCCCAUUAUCAAGCAUCAGUUGCAGGAGCUUCUAAUCAGGUGGGAGGUGCGAAUUCUCCUAACAAUGCUUCCUCAUCUAAUAGGUCCCGGCAUUCAAUUGCCGAAUCUCCCUGUACAUCCUCAACUUUGCCAGCAGCUGCUUCUGCAAUGAGCUUUAGCUACCCUCAUUUUUCAGCUAAUAAUCCUUCUUAUGCGACUAUAGUUCACAAUAACGGGUAUUCAUUCCCCAUUUCGACCACUUCUCUUGGAGCAACUGCAGCAAUCAGAGGAUCCACAACAGCACCCUCACUCACAAGCACUACUGCAGAACGACAGUCACAAAAACAACAGACUCCACAGUCACAUCCUCACAAGCAAGAGACUGAGGUGAGUGGAAAUAAUGUACAGUCUUUUGCUAAUCAUGCAUCUUACCCAAUAAAGAAUUCGCAAGGGCAGAACUUCACGAUUCCAGUUCAGUCAGUGAACUUUUCUUUCAAGCCAAGUGCAACAUCCGAUAUUGUUGGUGGCAACAUUAAGCAGCAACAGGCUUUAAAUGGGGGAGUUGAGAAUCCACUGGUAAUUCAAAGUCUGCCUGAUGUUGCACGCCAAGGAUAUCAAGCUGCAAGUACACCUCAAACUGUUCAGCAGAAGACUUACUCAAUUACUGUGGAGAAGAGAGGAGGAAAUUCCUCCCACCAAGAUGAUGAAAAAAAAACCACUCAUAGUAAGUCAUCAACUAAUGUGCCAACAACCCUUGUUUUUGAUAAUUCGUCAAAGAAUAUUAACUUUGUGCUAUCUCCUUCAAAUGGAAACCGGCCUAGUCACUCCAUUGCUUCAAAUGUGAUAACAACCAUGCCUUUUUCCAGUAAUACUUCAAGUUCUCAACAGUCUUCGCAAUUGCUUCAGAAGCAGCAUGGUAUGCAACAACAGCAACCUGCAACGGCUAUUCGAAAUAAAGCUUCAUCCACCAAUACUGGUUCUGCUACAAAAUUUGCUAACAAUGGCCCUGUUUUCUCACAAAGUCACACUCAAUUCAAAAGUUCUAACCAAACUUCUCACUCUAAGAUCACGGGAAGAACAGUGGGUUCUCAUGCUAAUCAUUCAUCUAGUAUAACAUCCAAGACUCCAAUCGCCAAAAAUAUUUCUCAGGAGAAAGGAAGAGGGUCACAGGGUCAUAUGCAAAUUUCUUUUGGAGGAGAUUACACAACUUCUCUAUCAUCCCAAGAGCGACAGCAACUCAAUAACAGCCAGUCAAUGUGUACAACAGCUGCAGGUACUCCUUUUAAUGAGAGCCACUUGAAACCAAAUUCGGAAAGUUGGAAAGUCAAUUCAUCGGUGAACACUUCACAGUUGCAACAAACUGAGAAUUCUUCUGCUGGGAGUAGCCAAAAAUCUUCCCCAGUUUGUGGGAGAAAUGUUCCAUCAAUCUUAAGCUCGUGUCCCAGCCACUUAUCUGAGCUGAAGUAA